UUUUCUGAUAUCGAUGGCCAUCAGCGAUGUCGUUAUGGCCGUCCURUGCGUACCGUUCAACUAUACCAGCGUWAUGUUGGGUCGUUGGAUAUUUUAUCAUUGGCUCUGCCCAGUGGCCCAGUUUACCCAACUAUUGUCGGUAGCGGUAACCUCGUUCAUACUGACCGUUAUCGGCAUUGAACGAUAUUUAGCUACAACUCAUCCGUUUUCAUGGUUUUACAUUUGGCUAUCCAGUCAUUCACGACUAAUGCUGAGCCUGUCGUGGAUUUUUGGUGUCACCUAUUCAUCCCUAUGGACUAUAUUUACCCAAACCGACUCAUUUAUCUACAAUAAUACCACUUACUACCAGUGCUAUUCGGGCAUAGUUAUGAGCCAUGAGCUGAAAAAAAUCUCACUGGUCAUUAACUUUUGUUUACCUAUUGUGUACCCUUGUUUGUCAUAUCGUUUAGCUAUUAUGCUAUAACCAGACAUCUACGGGAAUCCAUGAGCAAUACUGAUCCAACAUUUACACAGUCGAUACAGAUUAGAAA